GAAACACCCUACUUGCCAGCUUCACUUGCCAGCUUAACCGUUCCCUCGCAGUUUUGACACCCCUCCAUUGCCAGUUCGACAAACCUCACUCAGUUUGAAACACCUCGCUCGCGAGCUAGACACACGUUACUUGCCAUUCUGACCCCCGAGUCUACGGCUUCCACACCUCAUCCUCAAUGAAGAAAGCCUUUGUGAUGUGACGACGCAUGAUGAGAAUCGGCAGGGAAGCUGUCUGCAUGGUCUAAACACCGAUCUAAUCCACGAGAAAGGCUACCUACUGGACGCAAGGCUGUUCCGAGAUGAAGACCCUCUUGGACUACUUUGAACGAGUAACAAAGUUGCCUGGUUUUGGCGCCCCGCUACAUCAUCCAAUAUCAUGCCCAGCCACCUCGAAUUUCGUCAUACUAUGGAUGGCAAGAAAUGGCAAACGGGGGAAUGUGAGCAUCGAUGCGAAACCCUUGAAGCAUUCUUCGGAUUUCAAAGAUUAAUGCCGGCAAUUCAGAACCUGGGAAGUGUUCUCACGAAGUCUGGCCGGCUACUCGCAUUCUCGAAUACUUUCCAGCAUCGAGUCCAGCCAUUAUGCAUUACCGAUGCUACCAAACCGGGCCACCAGAAAGUCCUGGCUAUGUCCUUGGUUGGCCCAUACAUUCACAUUCUCUCGACGGCUAACGUGCCCCCGCAGAGAAAGGACUGGUGGGCGGAUGAAGUUUAAAAAGCACCCCCGUUUCAUCGCAUUCCUAGAGAAAUAUUUGAUAUAAUCAUGGACACUGUGUGGGGCUUUUCCAUGAGCUGGGAAGAAGGAGUGGGUGACGGAGAGACGCUCAUGUAUCAGCUAGAGUAUUUGGAGGAGCGGGUUAAU